AUGAGAGACGCUGGGGAUAACAAUGACCACCGGCAAAGGGCUCGAGUCGGUAGGGGCCUAGAUUCCUCGGAUCAAACUGGAACACCUCCUCGCGGGCCCCGCAACAAUUUUGCCAGUAGAAGCCGUCGACGCAGGCCCGGACGCAACGACCGUGCCUCGAACCCACAGCACCGCUCGACGGACGACCAGCCCGAAGACUAUCAACGACAAUCCUCCCCCGGUGACACCCGUCGAGCUGACAAGAGUAAUGACUUGAUUCCGCGUUUCAGCGCCAAGUCCCACCGUGAUCGAGAGGCUGAGGGCAGGUCCGGUCGCGACCGUGAUCGAAACCUUUCGCCAUCGUCAUCCAAGCGACAACGAAGCCGGAGCUCCAGCCAGUCUUUCACGGCUUCGCAGCGGAAGAAGCGCAGGGGCUAUCAGGGUCAUCCUCGCAACAGGAACGAUAAUCGAGCCGAGCACAGCUUCAAGAGAGGUCGCAGACCUUCUUCGAAACAUCGCCAGUCACCUCGCCCGCACGCGUCCCCGUCCCGGGCCGAGAACGCUAAUUCUCUGUCCAACCGCCAUUCAAGCCCCGUGUCUCCCAGGGCUCCUGAGGACGGUGGCCAUUCUGGCGGACAGGAGUCAAGACGUUCCAUCCCCAACUGGUGA